GUUGAAACCGCAUUAACAAAUGCACGUUGUCGUUGGUUAGAAGAAUUGACUAGCCUGCCUGAGUACAGAGCCAAUUUACAAAUUGAGGAGAAGAAAUGGGAGGCAAAACAUGAACAACAUGUGGCAAAACAGGUAACUGCAGCAGUGAAAGCAAAUGACGAAAAGUGGAAGAAACAUACGUUGAAAGAAAUUGAGAAAACCGAGUCCAAUGUUAAAACUUCAGAGCUGCAAGAGAAGAUACUUGUUCUAGAGCGCAAAUUAAAAUUUGAGAGAGAAGAAGCAGCAGCAGUUGCUAAAGCUGAAUUGGCAAAAGCUCGAGCUCAAUGGAAUAAAGCAAAACAAGUAGAGAUUAAUAGAAUUCAUGAACUAAAUGAACAGGAUUAUCAAGCCUUCCUAGCAGAGCAUCGAAAUAAACUCAGCGAUGUUCUUAAAGAAACUAAAGAGGACUUUACCCGGCAGAAAAAUGAACUGAUUGCACAAAAGGAGUCUGAAUUCAAUCUACAUCUCUCGGAGAAGCAAAAAGAAUGGUUAGCUCAUCGAGAGGAACAGAUCAAUUAUGAAAGACAGCAAUAUGAAUCUGAACUUGUUACUGAACUUGAACAUUUUUUGUCUGAUAUCGCAAAACACUUUGGAAAGUCUAACCCUGCAUGUCUUAGAGCAGAAGAAUUUUCUAACACUGCCAAAUCAACACAUGACCAGUUUGUUGAAGUAAAGCACCGGCUCCAGAGGACUUGCACCAAAAUGAUUGAAGAGAUUCUUGAAACUGUCCAGAAAGAG